AGCAGUUUUUACUUAGAAAAUGUUAAAAAAUUUAAUAAAAAAUAUAUUUAUAAGUGGAAAAAGCAGCUUCCAAUAAAUAUAUAAAAAUAAUAGAAUACAAUAUAAUUUCUGUCAAGCAACAACUACAAUGAACUAGUAGUAAAAAAGUGUACUUCCAAAGUAUUAUGCUAAUGUGAAUGAAUUCAUGCCAAAGGAUUAUUCAAAUUACGAAGACUAUGAAAACGAAUGGGGAAAUCAAGACGAUUAUGAAGUAAUCCGCAAAUUAGGAAGAGGUAAAUACUCUGAAGUCUUUGAUGGAAUUAGCGUUGUAACAAAGAAAAGAGUAGUUAUUAAGGUCCUCAAGCCAGUUAAAAAGCGCAAAAUUAAAAGAGAAAUCAAGAUUUUAUAGAUUUUGAAGGGAGGUCCAAAUAUUGUUGAAUUGUUAGACGUAGUUCGUGACCCUGCCUCAAAAACUCCUUCACUUAUCUUUGAAUAAAUUGAAAAUGUCGACUUUAGAAGCUAGUUCCCAAACUUGACAGACUUAGAAAUUAAAUUCUAUAUGUUCGAAAUUUUGAAAGCAUUAGAUUAUUGUCAUAGCAAAGGUAUUAUGCAUAGAGAUGUUAAGCCAUAGAAUAUAAUUGUAGAUCCCAAAAAUAAAAUUCUCAAAUUAAUUGAUUGGGGUCUAGCUGAAUUCUAUCACCCUGGAACAGAUUAUAAUGUUAGAGUUGCUUCUCGUUAUUUCAAGGGUCCUGAAUUGCUUGUUGAUCAAAAUUACUAUGAUUAUUCACUCGAUAUUUGGAGUACAGGAACUAUGUUUGCAUCUAUGAUUUUCAAGAAAGAGCCUUUCUUCUAAGGUGCAGACAACUAAGACUAAUUAAUAAAAAUUGCUAAAGUUUUAGGUACAGAAGACUUACAUAAAUAUCUUAGAAAAUACGAUUUAACAUUAGAUGUUAGUUAUCAUAAGAUUCUUGGAAGUUACGCUAAGAAGCCUUGGGUCAAAUUCAUUACAGAAGAAAAUAAACAUCUUUGCCAUGAAUAAGCUAUUGAUCUUCUUUCUAAGAUGUUAAUCUAUGAUAAUGCUUUAAGAAUUACACCUAAGGAUGCUAUGGAACACCCUUAUUUUGAUUAAGUUCGUACUCUCACUCCUACUGGUCUUAUUAAUCUAUUAAAACAAUAAUAAAAUCAAUAGUGAUCAUCUAGUUAUCUAAAUAAAGCUCAUAUUUUUUUACCUUACUAUAAUUUACAUAAUAUAAUGAUAUAUCUAUCUAUCAAUCAAUAAAUCAAUCAAUCAUUGCUCUUUUGUAUAUGUUUUCUAAAAGUAUUUCAAAGAGAAUAUAAUAAUUGCAUUUUCGUCAAAUUCCGUUCCUCUUUCAUAAAA